CAGCAUGGUCCGCGUUCCGGAUGUGUGUAUUGGGUAGGGAAAUAAUGGCUUGACGUGCCCAUCUACUCGAUGUAGAUUUAUCGUCACAUCUCAGCGACGAGAAAGGUCACAAAAGGCUCUAGUACUAAGAACCUAUUGAUCUAUCCCUAUUCCAUAGCCCUGUGCGAUAUAUGUUGGUCUAAUCUCAGCUGAAGUAUUGGCGAGAUGAAUUACUGCUAUCCUCAUUUCCCUGCUCGUCAAUCGAAUCAAGAAGGUGUUGACUCGACCUAUGGCGAGUCUGUUGCAGACACGAGCGAAUCAUUGCGAUCGUCGAUUUUCCAUUACCAGUACGAAAAUGGACGUAGAUAUCAUAGUUUUCACAAAGGCUCGUACGCGAUGCCGAACGACGAAACCGAGCAAGACCGUCUCGACCUGCAACACCACAUUUACCUACUCUGUCUGGGUGGCGAACUGCACCUGGCACCCCUUUGCGACCCGCAACGUGUGCUCGAUAUCGGCACAGGUACAGGUCUCUGGGCGAUGGAAUUUGCAGAUCGAUUUCCGGGCUCUAUAGUCAUCGGAACCGAUCUCACGCCCAUUCAACCCCGGUUUGUCCCACCUAACCUCAAGUUUUAUAUCGAUGAUAUGGAGCUUCCAUGGGCCUACGGCAAGGACGAACGAUUUGAUUACAUCCACUGGCGGUCGCUCGGUGGUAGUACCGGUAAUUGGCAUCGAUUAUAUGAGCAAGCUAUGGAGAGCCUCAAUCCCGGUGCUUAUCUGGAAGUACACGAACAUGAUAUGUGCGUGUAUAGUGAUGAUGAUCAGAAUCUUGACAAAGCCCCGUGGACGAAAGAAUGGCUGAGGCGACUGUCAGAGGCCUCAGUGCAGAAUGGCAAGCCGAUUGACGUAGCGUGUUACCAAAGGCAAUUGAUGGAAGAUGCUGGUUUGGUUGAUGUGACUGAAAAGAUCGUCAAGGUGCCCAUCGGGCAAUGGACGCGAGACUCCCACCUCAAAGAGAUCGGUAGUUUUGAGCGGUUACAUAUGAACGUUUCGGUAGAGGCAUAUUCGUUGGCCCUUUUUACACGUCUGCUUGGUUAUAGCUAUGACCAGGCUAAUGCCUUGUUCGCGAUGGUGUGUAACGAGAUGAACGAUCGCAGUCUACAUUUAUAUACUAUGUACAGGUUUCUCAUUGGAAGAAAACCGUUAGGUGCGUGAUAUGGAUGUUGUGCCAUUAUGCUUGCCCAUGGAUAUUUGUGAGCUAUUCUCAACCUAUAAAUAUCCAGCUGAACAAAGCAACAAGUCCCUUCAAUAUCUACCAUGGUUCCAUAAUAAAAGACACCAUCCAUGCACUGUUUCAUCUAGUCGACGCAGAGCGGGCCAAGAAUAUACAGAUGGUAACGCGACUAAUGAUGUCCUCCAGUGGACUCCAUUAACGGUCAUUGUGUUACCUGUGGCACUGUCUAGAGGAAUUUAUUGUAAUGCCGCAUAAUCUUUUAUACGUCUGUUUUCCUCUGUCUUGCCGAAUCGUAUCUUAGCACUAGCCUGAAA